AGAGGAGACUUGGUGGACAUGUAGUUUAUUCAGCCGAGGUGCCAACCUGUGAUUUCAAAACGACACUACAACUACCACAAUGCCCCACUCUACCCUUUGGACAUUAUGGCUGCGCACUGUUCAUCAAUGGUGUUUUUAUUAACGUUUUUUCGUGUUUUCUCUUAUUUAAAACAGAGGAAUGUAGACAGAGUUUGGUUUCGAGUAUAACUUUCCAAAAAAGCAUCAGGAUAUUUCUGGAGUUAAAGCUCUAUUUGCGUCAGGAACGCUGAAACACGUUUUGCUUGAUAGCUAACGAGUCAGAUAGCCAGGUAGGUCUGUCACCGGUCCGAAUUUAGGUGUUGUAAACUCGGUUCACACUAAAUUAACUCGUGUUGUAAAGGCAAUGAUUGUAUAGCUUGUUUGUUAACCACUACAAUAAUUGCUUUUACUUAAGCACAAUACGGGAACACACUAUUUUUCUAUUCAUAGCUAUGUUUACCCCUGUAAAGUCGUCUUAUUUCAGAGUCAGUCCCACUACUAUCAACAGAGAGCUAGGCAAGACCAAGAUGAGAUAGCAAGAGGAGUCAUUGGUUAGCUAGCUACGCGAUCGUGAACACAAUUAGACAUUCAAUUCAGUCCCCAGAAGGUGCGUUUCACAGGAAAGAGAAACACAGACGCAUGCCCAGCCAUGUUUGGGAGUCUUUUCGAGGAAGAGGGGGAGGGAUAUUCUCUGGCUCCCUCCGGAGGUAGAGUUGUAAAGGGGGAAGGGGAGCCACCUCCACCCCGGGGAAGAGUGAACCUCAGUGGGAUUAAAAACCAGGGAGGGACGUGCUACCUCAACUCCCUGCUCCAGACCCUGCUCUUCACCCCGGAGUUCAGAGAGGAGCUGUUCAGUCUGGGUCCAAAGGAAUUGGGCUGCCUGGAGGACAAAGACAAACCAGAGGCCAAGGUCAGGGUUAUUCCAUUGGAGCUCCAGAGGCUGUUUGCUCGUCUACUCUUGGUGGACCAACAGAGUGCCUCUACUACUGAUCUCACUGACAGCUUCGGAUGGAACAACAGCGAGGAGAGCAGGCAACAUGAUGUGCAGGAGUUGAACAGGAUUCUGUUCAGUGCCCUAGAGCACUCCCUAGUGGACACCAGCGGCAGUGCGUUCAUCCAGCGCCUCUACCAUGGUACCACUGUCAACAGCAUUCUCUGCAAAGAGUGUGGCAACAUCAGCCAGAGACAGGAGGACUUCCUGGACUUGACGGUGUGUGUACGUGGUGUGUGUGGCCUGGAAGGGGCGCUCUGGGACAUGUUUGUGGAAGAGGAGAUGUUUGAAGGCAGUAACCUCUACCGCUGUGGCCAGUGUGACCAACUAGUCACUGCUGCUAAGUCUGCCAAGCUGAGGAAGCUCCCUCCCUUCCUGACAGUGUCUCUGUUGAGGUUUAACUUUGACUUUGCCAGGUGUGAGCGUUACAAGGAGACUGGUCGCUACACCUUCCCUCUCACCAUCAACCUCAGGCCCUUCUGUGAACAGACUGAAGACGAGGACUCGGAGUACUCCUAUGAACUCUUCUCUGUCAUCAUCCAUAAGGGAGGCUGUUAUGGAGGCCAUUACCACGUCUACAUCAAAGACAUGGACCACCUCGGCUUGUGGGAACCGCCGGAGGAGGAUACCAAACCCAAGGUUCAGAAGAAGGAAGUGAGAGUGUAUCCUGAGCUGGAGAAAGACGACCCUCUAUCUGUACUCUCUUCCAUAAUAGCCCAGGAGGAGAGCAGGAGCGUGCUGCUGGACCAGCUGGGUCAGAGACUGAUGGACAAGAUCGGUUCUUCUUGGAGCAAGAAGUACAGGAAACUCCACGGCCCCAUAGGCAAGUUCCUCCAGAACCACAGUGAUGUGUUUGUGUUGGUCAAUAAUGGCACUUGGGUGGCCCUGAAAGCCAACCCCCCUAGCCCGGUGACCCAGCCCUCCAGCCCAGCCCACCUAACCCCUGGCUCUAGCUCUACCCCAGACCCAGUCCACAAUAACACAGCCAACCACCUACCAGAACCAGGACUGGAGACAGAACCGAAGACGGCACCAGAACCACAGGGCAGCCACUGGUUUGAUCUGAAUGACUCCACAGUGACGUCGAUCCACGAGAGAGACGUAGAGAAAAUGUACCAGGGAAAGGAGAGUGCCUACAUGCUGUUCUAUAGGAAGACACUGCUACGCAGGCCUUCUGGAGCCCUCAGGAAUCCUGGGUAUCAGGUUCCCCCUCACCUCUUAGAGAUGGCUGAAGAGGAGAACAGAAGACUACAACAGAGACGGGAGGCGUUUGAGGCCAGCAAUAACAGUGUUGAGCUGCGUCUCCACCUAGCGCCACACUAUAGGUUGGAAAACGGAGCUCUUAAGCCAAUCAGCAUAGAGCAGAAAGAGGCCACCAACCUCACCUUCGACCGCUGCAGGACCGUAGGAGACCUGCGAAUGAUCAUCUACCAGAAGCAGGAUUUCUGGGAGGGGGAUAUGGCUCUGACUGUGGCCAGAAGUCUGCCAGCCGGCCUUCACCUCUACAACACUCUCACAGAUGACGAGGUGUCUCUUUACAGUGCAGGCAUCUUGUCCGGCACUGAUCUAUUUGUGUGGAACGGCAGAGAGGUUUGUGGGGCGACUGUCCAAACAGGAGCCGAGUGGGAACCAGUGUUGCUGACCGUGGUUCGCCCCUCUCUGGGAGAAGAAGAGGAGGGGGAGGGAGAAGGAGUGGGAGAGGAAGGAGGCUCGGGGCUGACGAAGCAGUCGAGGGGUUUCGCUGGGAGGGUGACUCUAGGAGAGGUGAGGGAGGCAUUAGGGGAGCCACAGGAGAGCCUCCUGUGUCAGGAGAAGAGGGGAGGGGAGGGAGGGGGGGCCAGCGGGUGGAGGGUAUUCCCUCCUGGAGACAUGCAGAGGACCCUGAAGGAGCUGGCCUUGAAGGAUGGAGACGCACUGCUGGUGCUGGAGCCACAGACACAGGACAGCAGUGUGUUCAGUGUGAGUGGUGAUAUGGUAACCGUGACAACACCAUCAGACUGUCGCUGGCUUCUGGUGGAAUACCGACCAGAGAGAAGAAGAAGAGGAGGGGGGGAGGAAGAGGAGGAGAGGAUGAGGGCAAAGGUCCCUGCCUCUGGAAACAUGCUCCUAUGUGAGGUGAAACAGAGGGCCAUAGCAGAGCUGCAGCUACAGGAGCAUCUAGCAGGUGUGGCAUGCUGUCUGAGGCAGGUGGACCGUACAGGGAAACUCCUGCCCCCAGUGUGUGAGGAGCUGAAUGUUCGUGACGCUGGGGUUCGGCUGAUGACCUCCCUGUCCCUCUGUCCUGGAAUGGCCCCCAAAGACACACAGCUGUUCCUGUACUUCAGUGUGGGGACAGCAUCCUCCUCUGGCUUGGAGGGGGAAAUCAUUGUAGAGCGGUCCAGCACAGUUAAACAGUGUCUCAAGAAAAUGUUGGAGUCAGCAAGACUUGAAGGGGACGGGUGGCAUCUAAGGAGGCUGAACUGGUGUGAGGAGGUGGGAGAGGCUUUGAUGGAUGAGGAGGCGUCUCUCUCAGAGCUGAAGAUGAGUCAUGGAGACGCUCUGGUGAUUACUGAGGGACGACUUCCUCCCAAGGGUUUUCUGAAGCUGUCAGUCUGGCUGUAUGUGGAGCCGAGCUCUGUUGUCUCCAUGGAAACAGAGGUCAACGGCAUGGCCGCGGGGUCCACGGAGGGUCAGAGGUUGGAGGAUAUGACUACAGUGGGCGGGGCCAUGGUGGAGCUGAGGACUGUGGGACAGGUGGAGAUCUCAGAGGAGGCUACACUGGAAGAGCUGAAGACUCAGGUGCUGACCCUGCCGGAGCUGCAGUAUGUUUGUGUGCCCACUCCUGCGUUUCUGCGUGUGUGGCAGCUGGAGGGACAAAGACUAACCCGUAUCCUCAGAGGACAACAACACACACUCAGGAAGUUGAAGUUGAGCAGUGGGGUGGAGUUUUGUGUGCAGCAGCUACUGAGAGAAGAGGAUCUUGGUCCCAAGGAGGUGUUGCUGCGUAUCCAGAUGGGGGUGCCAGGGGAGCGGGGUUACUACCCUCCAGAGGACCUGGUCUGGGAUGCUUCUCGAGACCCUUCCCCCAGAUCGCUACGCUCUGCCUUAGCCUCAACAUACGGCCUCUCUCCUGACUCCCUGCUACUGGCCAAGCACCAGCCACACACACACACCUGGGAGACUUUCUCCAACUGGAGCCAGCAGGUGUCCAAACGGAAGAAGAAGAAAAAGGCGGAGUCUCUGCUUGGAGCGCCUUUCCACCUUAAAGACGGUGACAUCAUCGGUGUCAAGAACCUGUUGAUUGACAAUAACCGGGACUUUAGCACCCAACAGGAUGAGCAGAGGUUGAGGGAAGAGAAGGAGCAACGCAGGAAAGGAGGGCAGGGUGUGGGGGCUGAAGUUGAGACCAACCGAGGGGUGGGACCAGAGAAGAAGAUGGGGCCAAUCAAGACCAGGAAGUCAGAGGUGGCCCUGUCAAUUAACGUGGGGGUGUUCCGAUAGCCUCGCCUUACACACACAAACACAUGCGCACAUACAGACUCUCACCGUGGCAUCGCUCAACAUAAUGAAAAAUCUUCGGGACGUGUUUGUGUGCCAAACAUUUUUGAUCAUGUGUUCACACAGCAUGACCCCCCAUACAUCUGCUAUCUACUGCUAGUGUAGGUCUGGUGGUGGGAUGACUUACUGGUUCGCUAUACAGACCUCUGUCGACUCAGUGUCACAAGCUGCAGUCUCUGACUCUCCUUCCAUCUCUCUGUCACUACACCUGGAUCCCUUCUCCCCUCUACAUGAGAUCCAAUAGAAACCAGUAUUUCCACUCAUAGUACUGGGUGUAUUACAUAUAUAUUGGUAUGUAUUUACAGUAUAUGCUGACUAGUUUGCAAUGGUACACACCACAGAGGUAUAGAUAUGUACCAGUAGAUUAUAGAUAAUAUAUACACCUAUAUUUCUAAUAAGAGUUAGUGGAUUUAUAUCCAUGCCUUAACAUGGACGAGCCACAAUUCAGCUCAGUCCAGAAUAGUCUUCCCUACCUCAUUUCUCUACCUCUCUGUUGCGCCCUCUCUCUCUCUUCCUUUCUUUCCCUCCUAACUUCAUCUUCGCUUCGUGGUCUCACCCUCUCGCCAUAUUCUUGUCUCUGUAUCCCAUCAUGCCUCUGUACCAGAGUUGAUCACGUUAAUCAUACGAUAAUUAUGUUUGUUCCAUGUGCAUGCGGUGGGUGUGUGUGGUCGGAUUUCAGGGAGUUAAAAUAAUGAAUGGAUCAUUUGACUAAUACGUCAUACAUAACUUUUAGAAGUGACGGUUGGACAAUGAAUACGAGCGACUUUGUUUUGGAUUAUGAGAUUAUUUGGUUUCCUAACUAAUCUGAUGUUUUUAUUUUUUCAUUUGCUGUAAUAACUUAAGUUAGUUUUGAGUACAGUUUGACUUCUACUUGUGGUGAGGGUCCUUGCCAAGAUGCAAGGUUUGACAGAUGUGUUUUGGAUUAAAUACAGAAUAAAACUGAUCAAGAUGCA